UUCCCAUUUUGUGCCGUACAGUACGUCCACACCGAAGCACUGACGUUUCGCUGUGCCAUCGCAUGGCCGACGUGUGCAUACCGAGGUUCACUUUCGCGUGGUACCCGUUCCGUCACAAGUAUCGCCGUUAAUACGUCGAAACGUAACGCUUGUGGCAAACGUCGACCACGGUGAUACCGAUGUGAGUGAGAAAAAGUGCGGACACGAACGAUAGGCACCCGUUUCGCUAGAAAACAGAACAGUAAAUUCUUUGUCGAACACGUUCCUUCUGACAUAAUCCGGUAUAAACUGGAUUCGGGCAGAUACGUCGAUAAACGGAUUGAUCGCGCGUUUUCAGAAAGAAAUUUCGUCGAUCCGGCUUUCGCGUCGACGUGGACCACCUCUCGAGGCUCACUCCCGUCGGUGAUUAAAACGAUAUAUACAUAAUUCGUUAGGGAACACCGUGUGAGAGCCGCGACCACGCGACACAACGCGCAGCAAUGUCCAACGAGGAGACUUCCGCCGACCGCAAUGUCGAGAUCUGGAAGAUCAAGAAACUCAUAAAAAGUCUCGAGAUGGCUAGGGGGAACGGAACUAGCAUGAUCUCCUUGAUCAUCCCUCCCAAGGAUCAGAUAUCGAGAGUGAGCAAAAUGUUGGCAGACGAGUUUGGUACGGCGUCCAACAUCAAAUCACGUGUAAAUAGAUUAUCAGUUUUGGGUGCAAUCACAUCUGUACAACAUAGGUUAAAGUUAUAUACUAAAGGUGAUUAUAAUAUAUCAUUGAUGAUCGUACUUGUAUAUUGCUUCUCGUUCACGUGGAUCGUUGUUUUAGUGCCUCCGAAUGGCCUGGUAAUAUAUUGUGGUACAAUUGUAACAGAGGAGGGAAAGGAGAAGAAAGUUAAUAUCGAUUUUGAACCUUUUAAACCUAUCAACACUUCUCUUUAUCUUUGUGAUAACAAGUUUCAUACGGAAGCGCUUACAGCGUUACUUGCCGAUGACAACAAGUUUGGUUUUAUCGUGAUGGACGGUAAUGGGGCACUAUUCGGCACACUGCAAGGAAAUACUCGCGAAGUUUUACACAAGUUUACCGUGGACCUUCCAAAGAAGCAUGGUAGAGGAGGACAGUCGGCGCUUCGUUUUGCUCGAUUGCGAAUGGAGAAGCGGCACAACUACGUUCGAAAAGUUGCAGAAGUAGCCACCCAACUGUACAUUACCAAUGAUAAGCCAAAUAUUGCUGGAUUAAUUUUAGCGGGUAGCGCCGACUUUAAGACGGAACUCAGUCAGUCGGAUAUGUUCGAUCCUAGACUACAAGCAAAAGUUAUAAAACUAGUAGACGUUUCGUACGGUGGAGAGAACGGUUUUAAUCAAGCUAUCGAGUUAGCUGCUGAAUCUCUACAAAAUGUAAAGUUCAUCCAGGAGAAGAAAUUAAUCGGUCGUUAUUUCGACGAAAUCUCACAAGAUACGGGCAAGUACUGCUUCGGCGUAGAAGAUACUUUAAGAGCGUUAGAAUUAGGCAGCGUGGAGACCCUCAUUUGCUGGGAGAAUUUAGAUAUCCAGCGAUACGUUUUAAAGAACCAUACAAACGCGGAAGAAAAGGUUUUACAUCUAACGCCCGAACAAGAAAAAGACAAAACCCAUUUUACUGACAAAGAAAGCGGAGUAGAAUUGGAACUCGUCGAGUGUCAACCUUUGCUCGAAUGGCUAGCGAACAAUUACAAGAGUUUCGGCGCCACUUUGGAGAUCAUUACGGACAAAUCCCAGGAAGGAUCGCAGUUCGUGAGAGGUUUCGGCGGCAUCGGUGGAAUCCUCCGCUACAAAGUUGAUUUCCAGUCACUGCAGGCUGAUGAGCCUCUUGAUGACGUUGACCUCGAUGAUUACUAAUUUCAUCUGUGAAAUACUCAAAAAUUGACCAGGUAGCUCUUUCUCUGUCUUGAGUGCAUUCGUUUACAUUUCGUGUAUUAUAAAUAGAACAUGUUAAUUACAGAACUGGACAAAUUUAUCAAACUUUAGUUGAUACGCUUAAAAAAUUGAGACAAUAUAAUUACACGAUCGAUCUUGAACCCUAUCUAAAUAGUUUGCAGUAGCAAUCGUUGUACACUAAAUUCUUUCGUCAUCAGUAUAAAUCGUGUUAGUAGCCGUCAGAUUUUAUACCUGUUACUAUACUACUAUCGAGAAUCUUCGUCGACGAAUAAGUCUACAUUUUUAAUUAAUGCGAGCGAUAAAUUUGUCCAAAAGAAUAUACGCAGUUUCUUCUGUUGGAUUUCUCACUGAAUAGUUAGUUCGAUACUUCUGUGCAAAUCUGUAGUAUAUAUGUAUAUCUCUUCCGAUGAGUUUGAAUGUGGAAAUAGAUAUUUUUUUAGUUAUGAAUUCCGAGGUAUAAUGUUUACUUUUUUUUACAAAUAAAAAGCCUGAAAACUUUGCUGCCUCCUUUUUUUCUCGAUGAUACAAAAAGAAAAUGAGUUCAGAAAAUCUUGUAUAUAUAUGAAUUAUGGAUAAUUGUGUUUGAAGAGGGUGAGUCGAAGUCGAAGUACAUUUGCGUAACAUUCUGUCUUCAAAUGUCGUUAGAUACCGUUCACUUUAGCAAUUGAACAAUAUACUGUUAGUGGUUCAAAUAACACUGUAGGCGCAAUAUAUACGAUCAAUUCAACGGAACAUAAAGUAAAGGUCCCAAUUCCUAUCCAUGCCACUGACGCAGGCGGCGUAUUUUUCUGCAAUUUUGUAUGUUAUUUAAAAAUUAUGGAAAAAUAAACCGGUAGAAAUUGGGACACCUUAGUUUCGCUUAUCUUAGCAAAAUACUUGUACUUUCUCAUGAUACACAUUCUGCAGAUGUAAAAUCAGUUACAACACUAUUGCCCCAUACACGAUACGAUCUCAAUGAUUCUAGAGUACAUCUUUCCGAAAGCAUCAAUAAUUCGCUGUGUAAAUAGUAUUGUAAACUAUUGUCGACACGCGUUAGUAGUAGAUUUAUAAAUAACAGAAAUGAAUUCGUUCAAGACAAUUAGUUAGCGAUCCGCGUUACCGUCUACGUAAUAUGCGUAUACCUCUGUAUAUAUAUGUGAUUUUCAACGUAAUAUCAGAACUACUAUUUCUUCUUUAGUACUCUAUUCUGCAGUACUGAUAGCACACUCUUGUUCCGUUUGCAUGUUAUGCUUUUUAGUAUUCUAAGAUGCCCCGUACGUAUUUUAAAUAUCGUUAUUAAAUUUUCUUAUUACAAAAGGAGAAACUAAAUGUACAUCGGUUAAAUUUUUUUUUUAAUUAUGUAUGUAUACUUGUACACAAAUGUGUCUCGUUACUGCUUAUAUAAAAGAAUAGCCACUAAUAUUGCUUGCUGCACGUUUGUCUCGUUACCGAAUUGAAAUAUGUAAAACCAAGUGUGUUUGGUGGUGAACGUAAUUAAGUAGUAAUUGGCUAGGCUUCAUUAAAUAGUUAUUCUAUCUGGUCAAGCAUAAGUACUAAUUGAUGGUUUGUUUCUAUUAGCUUGCAUAUU